AUGGCACUGUCUCCGAACGGCAGCCUCCUCAUCACCGUAGACGAUGACGGCCGGGCACUGUUGGUGAACUUCCACAAGGGCGUGGUGCUGUCGCACUUCAACUUCAAGAGCCAGGUGCGCUUCCUCAAGUUCAGCCCCGACGGCAAAUACUUUGCCGUCACCUACGGCGAGUACGUGCGCGUAUGGCGCACACCCUCCGUGCACAAGGAAUUCGCUCCCUUUGUGCUCGUUCGCACUUAUGGCGGACACCACGGAGAUGUGACGCACAUCGAUUGGUCGUCGGACUCCAAGUACUUUGUGAGCACUUCCAAGGACAUGACGUGCAGGAUGUACUCCCUCCACCCCACCGAGGGCUACCUGCCGUUCACGCUCUCGGGCCACCGGGACUCCGUGAUCGCCGCCUUCUUUGGCAAGAACGACAAAAUCAUCUACACGAUUGGCCGAGAGGGAUCGGUGUUCGUGUGGAAGUGGCGGAAGCACACGGGGCUCAAGAAGGAAGAUACGGACGACGAGAAGGAGGAAGUGGAAGUGAUGGAAGAGGAAGAAGCCAAGGAAGAAACCGAGAGCGAGGCCAAGGCCGACGGCGCACAAGCUGAGGCCAAGAAGCAAGAGCCGGCGGCGAAGGAGGAAAACGAUUUCCGGCUGCUCUCCGGCAGGUGGAAGGUGGUCAAGAAGCAGAGCAUUUCGCGCGACGGCGUCAAGGCCCGCUCCGCCGCCUACUCGUCCAAGACCGGAAUCCUGGUGGUUGCCUUCACCAGCGGAGUCUUCUCGGUGUACGACGUUCAGGAAGACGAUAUCCCAAUGGGUCCGACGUCGCGCGUUGUCACCCUCCACACGCUCUCCAUCUCCACCUCGUCGCUCUCCACCGCCGCCAUCUCUCCUUCCGGCGAGUGGCUUGCCUUUGGCUCAGCCAAGCUCGGGCAGCUGCUGGUAUGGGAGUGGCAGUCUGAGACCUACGUGCUGAAGCAGCAGGGCCACUUCCACGACAUGAACUCCAUCGCCUACGCUCCCGACGCCAGCAUCAUCGCUACGGGUGACGAUUACGGCAAGGUCAAGCUGUGGAACACCACCAGCGGGUUCUGCUACGUGACCUUCAACGAGCAUAAGGCGCCGGUGACCGACCUCAGCUUCUCCCCGCUCGGCCACUCCGUCUUCUCCUGCUCCCUCGACGGCACUGUGAGGGCGUUCGAUCUGGUGCGAUACCGUAACUUCCGUACGUUCGUGGGCAACGAGUCGGCGCAGCUGACGUGCCUGGCCGUCGACCCUAGCGGAGAGGUCGUGUGCGCCGGCUCCAUCGACCCCUUUGAAGUCUACGUCUGGUCCGUGCAAACGGGCAAGCUGCUCGAUGUCUUGGCCGCCCACGAGAAGCCCAUCUCGGCCCUCGCGUUCUCGCCCUCGCAGGCCAAGCCUCUGCUGGCCUCGGCUUCCUGGGACGGAACGGUGCGGUUGUGGGACAUCUUCACGACGGGCGCGACGCCCGACGUGCUGAGGCACAACGCGGACGUGCUGGCGAUCGCCUUCCGGCCGGACGGCAAGGAGCUGGCCACCGCCACGCUCGACGGCAACAUCCACUUCUGGGAGACCACCACGGCCACCUACCUGGGCCAGAUCGAGGGCAGGAACGACAUUUCGGGCGGCCGAACGGUCAACGAGCGCCGCACGGCCAAGAAUUCGGCGGCGAGCAAGCACUUCACGAGCCUGUGCUACUCGGCCGACGGUCGGCUGAUCAUGGGCGGCGGCCGCAGCAAGUGGGUGGUGAUGUACGAGGUGUCGCAGCGCAUGCGCAUCAAGCGCUACCAGCUCUCGCGCAACCGCGCGAUCGGCGGCACCGUCGACUUCCUCGACAGCCGCAUGCUCACCGAGGCCGGCCCCAUGGAGCUCAUCGAGGACGAUGACGGCGACAGCGAUCGGGAGGCCGAGGGCCGCAAGGGCCGCAUCGAUAAGACCCUGCCCGGUGUCAAGGUGGGCGAGCUCGCCUCCAAGAGGGCGACGUCGAUCGAGAUCCGAUGCAAGUCCCUUCGCUUCGCGCCGACGGGUCGAGGCUGGGCGGCGGCGACGACGGAGGGUCUGCUGAUCUACUCCCUCGACGAUCGCCUCAUGUUCGACCCCUUCGACCUGGACAUCGACAUCACUCCCAAGAACAUUCGCAAGACGCUGAACGGCGGGCACCACCUCAAGGCCCUCAUUAUGGCUCUGCGUUUGAACGAGGAGGACCUCAUCGGCGAGGUGUACCACGCGGUUCCGCCGCACCAGAUCCAGCUCGUCGCUGCUCACCUGCCGGACCACUACCUCCAGCGGCUCACCUCGUUCAUCGGCCGGAUCCUGCCCGAGUCGCCGCACAUUGAGUUCCACCUGCUGUGGAUGACCCACCUGUUCACCUACCACGGCCCCGCCCUCAAGGCUGCCCGUCCCUCGCUCGUAAACGAGACGUCGAGUGCCAUGGCCUCGCUUCCGUCGCUCCUGCGCCUCCUGUACAAGGGCGUCACCACCCACUACUCAGCCGUCUCCAAGCUGUGCGACGAGAACAUCUACACGCUGGACUACCUGACGGCCCUGCCGGCGUGCCUCGACAACGCGCCCUACCAGGACAAUACCGAACUCGCCGACGCCAAGGGCUCCGGCGACGCCGCGCAGGAGGACGGCGAGCAGGACGAGGCCGACGGCGGCGAGGAGAAGGCGGCGGAGGGAGAAGCCAUGCCCGCCGGCUGGUACGAUCCCGAUGAGGAAGGCGGUGAGGAGGAGGAGGACGAUGGUGUCCUGCCCCUGUCGCCACAGCUCGACGGCAGCGACGCCAAGGCCGCCAAGCGAAAGUGUCCCUUCUGA